UGUCUGCCAGGCGUAUAAAAAAAUUGCCACCUGAGGUCUUAUAUAAGAUGUAGGCUGUCUCGACCAUUGUUUUAAAUCACUGACAGUCGACAGCUUGAGAGCUGGACUUUCUUUUUGUUGUUGUUUUGAUAUCUUGUUUUAAAAAAGUGGUGAAAACAGCGUUGCAGUUUAGUCUAUUAAGUUUCCCGACAAAGUUAAAGUAAAAUAGAUCUGAAGCAUGUGCAUAGCAAUUCUGUGAGCCGAUGCUUUGAGUUCUGAUACCAUUUUAUAAAGAUAUAUGCUCAGCAAUUAACAAAAACUUCAUUGAUAUAAGCUGAAUCGUAAGUUGCAAUAUGUGGCUCCAAGCAAUCUCAUUGGUGACUGCUUUUACAGCAGUUCAUGGGAUGUGUUUUGGUGUACCCUUGCAACAACCGCCCGUAGGCCUGACUUGUCCAGACCAUAUGGUGUAUUACUCUCAGUUGUGUAUAUGUCUUGAACCCAAACACCUAGACCGCUUCAAUGAAAUAGGAACUCUAGGUCUACGUGAAGUUCCAAUGGCGUCAACUAAUUUCAUGGAUCCAACGGAAACAUUCAAGAGCAAACUGGACGCUUUACGUCACCGACUAACUGCCAGCUUACCAGACGUCAGCCAUCACGGCUACGGGAGCGCCAUUGGCGACGUCCGAAUCCCGCUGACCAUUUUCGCUGAUCGCUAUCUCGUGCCGUCUAAUGCCCUGGACAGUAUACUCAGUUCCAAUUACAACGGAAUCCCGAGGUCUUGGAGGAUUGGCGGGCUCCUAGAGUCGUGGUCGAAUGAAGCGCUAGCACGAGGUGAGAUCCCGACAGUCAACACCGGCGGCCCUUUCAACCCCGCUACGUCGGGAUGGGGCCCAGGAGUCAACGACCUAAGCACGCUGUCUCUGUUAGAAAGACUGCACAAUAUGAGGACCAUGUGGAGAUACGCUAGUCAGCCGGCAGAAGACAACCGGCUGACAGAGGCCAGGGUCGCCAACGAGUUCUUCAAACAUCUUCCAAUCACAGGCAUUUCUCCGGAUACUGCCAGGUCAUACUAUUCCGCUGCUGGUGUUCCAGACGCGCCUCAGCCACAAAAAAUGUUGACUCAAUCCCAGUUAAGCCAAACCACGAUAAACCAAAAACAUGACGAGCUUCUCACGAGCGGACUCGGUAUUUUACCAAAAGAGUCCAUAAGAGGUCGCCCAGGUUCACACUUGAGAAGGAUGACUAAAAGUCAGAGUACAUCAACGUCUGCCUAAGAAACAUAUCCGUUUUAAAACACCAAAGUUUUGUACAUUCAACUAAAUAAGAAUAUACAAAUAUCCACGUAUUGUUAAAUGUUGCCAUUUGAAUUGAUUUGACUACCUGUCAAGAAAUCAGAGGAUUUUAUAGUUAAAGAAAAAGACAAUUGUACUGUAAGAUCAAGUGUAACACUGUAAGAUCAAGUGUAACUAUCACUGAUAUCUUAAAAAAAGAAGACUGUCUAACUGUCUAGUAAGUCUAAUGUUUGUUUUCAAUUAGAGAUGUUUAGUUGAGAUGAAACUAACACUGUCUGGUGCACAUGUCUACACUUUAUUUGGAGCAGGAAAUAUUGGGGACACUUGAAAUAUUUUGGAACGUAAUUUAUUUUCUGGUAUGCUUCAAUUUAUAAGAAUAAAACAAAUCCUCCAAAAACAAAACAA